GUCCACAGUUUCUGGUCAUCUCCUGUAGUAUGUCCACAGUCUCUGGUCAUCUCCUGUACUAUGUCUGCAGUGUCUGGUCAUCUCCUGUAGUAUGUCCGCAGUCUCUGGUCAUCUCCUGUAUAUGUCUGCAGUCUCUGGUCAUCUCCUGUAGUAUGUCCGCAGUCUCUGGUCAUCUCCUGUACUAUGUCUGCAGUCUCUGUCAUCUCCUGUCAUGUCUCCACUGUAUCUCCUGUACUAUGUCUGCAGUCACUGGUCAUCUCCUGUACUAUGUCUGCAGUCACUGGUCAUCUCCUGUACUAUGUCUGCAGUCACUGGUCCUGUACUAUGUCUGCAGUCCAUUGGUUCAGAAUAUUUUUUUUUCUUGUUUUCCUCCCCUA